CGCCCCCUCCAGUCACAUGACAGCAGGGCGCUGUCGGGGGCGUGGCAGGUUUCCGUCCUGUGGGCCCCCCCGGUUGACCCCGAGGGUGCGCCCGUGCCCGCCGCCAUGGUGCUGGAGUCGGUGGUGGCGGACCUGCUCAACCGCUUCCUGGGCGACUACGUGGAGAACCUCAACAAGUCUCAGCUCAAGCUGGGCAUCUGGGGGGGUAACGUGGCACUUGAUAACUUGCAGAUAAAAGAGAAUGCACUGAGUGAACUGGAUGUGCCUUUUAAAGUAAAGGUUGGGCAAAUAGAUAAGCUUACUCUGAAGAUUCCUUGGAAGAAUCUGUAUGGUGAGGCAGUGGUUGCAACUCUAGAAGGCUUAUAUCUGCUCAUUGUUCCUGGAGCAAGCAUUAAAUAUGAUGUGGAGAAGGAAGAAAAAUGCUUGCAGGAUAAUAAGCAAAAAGAGCUAUCAAGAAUUGAAGAAGCUCUGCAAAAAUCAGCAGAGAAAGAUAAGCCAAAGGCAGAGAAAAAAGAUACAUUCUUAGAAAAGCUGGCAACUCAAGUUAUAAAAAAUGUACAAGUCAAAAUCACAGGCAUUCAUGUCAGAUAUGAGGAUGAUAUCACAGAUCCCCUUCGGCCACUUUCUUUGGGAGUGACAUUGGGUGAACUUAGUUUACUGACAGCCAAUGAAAAUUGGACACCUUCCAUUUUAAAUGAAGCUGCAAAAAUCAUCUACAAGCUCCUGCGUCUUGAUUGCCUCAGUGCCUACUGGAAUGUGGGUAGCGAGAUGUAUUAUCAUGGCUCCCGUGAACAAAUACUGGAUCAGCUAAAAAGAGGAGUUCCUUCUAGCAGCAAUCAACCUCAAAACUACCAGUAUAUUUUUAGGCCAGUAUCAGCGUCUGCCAAACUGUACAUCAACCCACAUGCAGAAACUGAAUUAAAAACUCCAAAGCUUGAUUGGAAUAUAGAAGUACAGAAUAUUGCCAUUGAACUCACUAAGCCACAGUACCUCAGUAUGAUUGACCUUCUGGAGUCCAUAGAUUACAUGGUUCGAAAUGUUCCAUACAGAAAAUACAGACCAGAUGUACCUCUACAUAAAAAUGCCAAACAGUGGUGGAAAUAUGCAGCUAACAGCAUUCUUGAAGUUCAUAUCAGAAGACGCACUCACGUGUGGUCAUGGAGCAACAUGAAACAACAUAGGCAGCUUUUGAAGAGUUACAAAAAUAUGUACAAGAGCAAACUAACACAGAGCAAACUGUCAGAAGAAACACAACGACAAAUUCAGGAUCUAGAAAGAGCACUGGACAUUUUCAACAUCAUUUUAGCAAGACAGCAAGCACAAGUUGAGGUUAUAAGAUCAGGGCAGAAAUUGCUGAGGAAGAAAUCUGCUGAUGGAGAGAAGAAAGGUGGAGGAUGGUUUAGUGGGUUCUGGGGUAAGAAGGAAUCUAGAAAAAAGGAAGAUGAAGAAUCACCAGUUCCUGAAACCAUUGAUGACCUCAUGACUCCAGAAGAAAAGGCUAAGCUCUUUACUGCUAUUGGGUACAGUGACAGCUCUCACAACUUGACCUUACCUAAGAAGUAUGUUGCUUAUGUAAUGACACUGAAGCUGUUAAGUACUUCUCUUACAAUUAAAGAAGACAAGGAUGUGCCAGAGACUCUUAAAGUACAGAUAAUUGAUCUAAGCACGAAAAUAUCUCAGAGACCAGGAGCACAAGCACUUAAAGUGGAGGCCAAACUUGAGCACUGGUAUGUAACAGGACUGAAACAACAAAGUGUUGUACCUUCUCUUGUGGCUUCUAUUGGGGAUACCAAAUCAUCUUUGCUUAAAAUAGUGUUUGAGACAAAUCCAGAGGAUAGUACUGCUGACCAGAGCCUUAUAGUUGAAUCACAGCCUGUGGAAAUCAUAUAUGAUGCUAGAACAAUAAAUGCAAUGGUGGAAUUCUUCCAGACAAGUAAGGAAAUGGAUCUGGAACGACUAACAACAGCCACAUUGAUGAAGUUGGAAGAAAUUAAAGAAAGAACUGCUACAGGACUAGCUCAUAUUAUUGAAACACGGAAAGUCCUUGACUUGAGGAUUAAUCUGAAACCAUCAUAUCUUGUGGUUCCACAGACGGGUUUCCACAAUGAUAAGUCAGACCUACUUAUUUUGGACUUCGGUACAUUUCAGUUGACGAGCAUAAAUCAAGGCGGUUAUCAAGCUUCCAGUUUUUCAUCCUUGGAAGAGAUUAUGGACAAAGCUUAUGACACGUUUGAUGUGAAAAUCAAUAAUGUACAACUUCUCUUUGGCAGAAGAGGUGAAGACUGGAAGAAGGCUCGAUUUCAUCAUCCAUCAGCUUUGCACAUAUUACAGCCUAUGGAUAUGCAUGUGAAAUUAUCCAAAUCAAUGGUGGAGAAAGACAUCAGAAUGGCUAAGUUUAAAGUUUCAGGAGGCCUUCCCCUGGUGCAUGUGAGACUGUCUGACCAAAAGAUCAAGGGGAUUUUUGAUCUGAUUGAUAGCAUUCCAUUUCCUCAGAUGUCAGCCAUGUCAGUUCAAAGCACAAAGGUACCUGCUAUCCCCACGAUUACUGAUGCAAGGAAAGGGUUACUUGACACAUCAAUAUUGCUGGAAGGAAUAGAGUCAGAGUCUGAUGAAUAUUUUGAUGCUGAAAAUUCUUUUUCACUAACUGAAAAGGCUCUACAUGAAGGACAUGAACUAAAAAACAAAACAGAGACUAUUAAUGAGGAGUUCACAGACCUUCAAUUGAAGUUUGAAAUUAAAGAGGUGGUUUUAGAACUCACAAAGCAACAGAAAAUAGAGGAAACAAUACUUGUAUUUAAUGUAAUGCAGCUUGGAACAGAAGCCACAAUCAGAACAUAUGACGUAACAGCUGUAUCUUACUUGAAGAAAAUCAGCUUGGAUUACCACAAAAUUCAAGAUAAAAAACAACCGCUUCACUUAAUUAGCUCUUCAGAUGGACCUGGAUUAGACCUUUUGAAAGUGGAAUAUAUCAAGGCUGACAAAAAUGGUCCAAAAUUUCAGUCAAACUUUGACAACACUGAACAAACACUUCAGGUGGCCUUUUCGUCAUUAAAUUUUCUGCUACAUACACAGGCCCUUCUCUCUACUAUCAAUUUUCUAACAGAUGUUAUUCCAUCAAGCAGUCCAAGUACUGGUGACAUAGGACACUUGCAAACACAAGGAGAAAAGCAGCAAAAAGAUACUAGUGUGAAAAAAGUAGUGACCAAAACUGCCAAGAGUAAGGAUGUUAUUGACUUCAAGCUGUUUGCCAAGUUGGAUGCCUUCUGUUUAAAUGUGUGUGAUGAAAAGAACAAUAUUGCUGAAAUCAAGAUACAAGGUGUCGAUUCAUCACUCUUCCUUCAGCCAAGUCACACGGUGCUCUUUGCCCGUCUUAAAGACAUAAUUGUCACAGAUGUUGAUUCAAGGACUGUUCAUAAAAAGGCUGUCUCUAUAGUAGGAGAUGAAGUCUUCAGUUUCAACCUGGCACUGUAUCCAGAUGCUACUGAGGGAGAAGCUUACACUGAUAUGUCCAAAGUGGAUGGCAUUGUCUCUCUGAAAGUGGGCUGCAUUCAGAUAGUUUAUCUUCAUAAAUUCCUCAUGUCACUUCUGAACUUUCUGAACAACUUCCAAACAGCAAAGGAGGCACUGAGUGCUGCUACAGUUCAAGCUGCAGAAAAGGCUGCUACCAGUGUGAAAGAUCUGGCUCAGAGGAGUUUUCGCCUUUCAAUGGAUAUUCACCUGAAAGCGCCAGUUAUAAUCAUACCUCAGUCUUCAGUGUCCCAUAAUGCUGUCUUAAUAGAUCUUGGUUUGAUCAGGGUACAAAACAAAUUUAGCCUGGUAUCUGCUGAAGGCUGCUUACUUCCUCCAGUCAUUGAUAAAAUGGAUGUGCAGCUCACGAAGCUUAAGCUGUCUAGGACAAUUGUACAGCCUGGUUUUUCACAGCCUGACAUUCAGAUACUUCAUCCUAUUAAUCUGAAUCUGUCUGUGAAUCGAAAUCUAGCUGCAACUUGGUAUCACAAAAUUCCUAUGUUGGAAAUCAAAGGGCAUCUUGACACAAUGAAUGUUAUUUUAAGUCAAGAGGAUUUGAAUGUUCUGCUUAAAGUAUUGACAGAAAACCUUGGUGAAGCAGAUGAAAUGUUAAAUAAAGCAAAACCAGUAGUGCAAGAGGAAGGAAAAAUUAAAGGAACUGAGAUACCUCUGUCAACACAGAAUGAGAGUACUUCAGGAGAAAGCUUACCUGGUUCAACAAAAGUAGCAUUACAUGAAGAUGUAACCAACAUGCUCCUUAAUUUUGAAAUCAAAGAGGUUGUGGUAGCCUUGAUGAGACAGGUGCAGAAGGAGGGGCAUCCCUUACAUAUUCUAACUGUGCUGCAGCUUGGAAGUGAAACCAGAAUUGGAAACCACAAUAUGACUGCAACAGCUUAUCUGAAUAAAAUUACUUUGAAGUGCCUUGAAUUUACUGACUCAAAAGGAGAUCCUCUUCAUAUUAUUAAUUCUUCAGAUGAGACUGGUGAACACCUUCUGAAAAUGGAGUACAUAAAGGCUGAUGCAGAUGGACCAGACUUUACUACUAGUUACAAAAAUACCAAGCAAGCUGUCAAUGUGUCCUUUUCGUCUUUGGAUCUAGUACUCCACACAGAAGCCUUACUUUCCAUCAUGAACUUUGUCACAUACAGUGUUCCAUCAGGUGGCCUUACCAGCUCUGAUAAGGGAUUUGACGCAAAACCUCAAAGAGAGGAACAAAAAAGUGCUGUUCUCAAAGCAGUAUCUAGUGAUGAGGCCCAUGAAGAUGUAUAUGACUUGAAACUUACUGCAAAGCUGAAUGCAUUCAACAUUUUUGUCUGUGAUCAGAAAUGUAACAUUGCAGAUAUUAAAAUACAAGGAGUGGAUGCUUCUGUUUCUAUGAGAACUAAAAAGAUAAAGGUUUUUUCCAGACUUGAGGACAUCAUAAUCACAAAUGUUGAUCCAAAGACCAUUCAUAAAAAGGCUGUCUCCAUAAUGGGAGAUGAAGUGUUUCGAUUCAAAAUGGUCCUUUAUCCAAACGCUACUGAAGGAGAAGAUUACACUGAUAUGUCCAAGGUGGAUGGUAAAAUGUGUCUAAAAGUGGGCUGCAUUCAGAUAGUUUAUCUCCAUAAAUUCUUCAUGUCACUUCUGAACUUCCUGAACAAUUUCCAAGCAGCAGAGGAAGCCCUGAGUGCAGCUACAGUCCAGGCUGCAGAAAUGGCUGCUUCCAGCAUGAAAGAUUUUGCUAAGAAGAGCUUCCGCCUUUCAAUGGAUAUCAACUUAAAAGCUCCAGUUGUAGUCAUCCCUGAGUCUUCAGUCUCCCAUAAUGCUCUGGUAGCAGAUCUUGGUUUGAUCAGAGUUCAGAAUGAAUUUAAAUUGGACUUCACAGAUAAAUCUUCAGUUCCUCCAGUCAUUGACAACAUGGCUGUUCAACUAACUCAUUUGAAGCUAUCAAGGAGUAUUAUACCCACCACUUCUCAACCAGAUGUUGAAAUUUUACAGCCAGUAAAUCUGGUUUUGUCAGUCCAGAGAAAUUUAGCAGCAGCUUGGUAUCACGAUAUUCCAGCAAUUGGGAUCAAAGGAGACCUAAAACCUAUGCAGAUUGCGCUCAGUGAAGAUGACCUAACUGUCCUCAUGAAAAUUUUGCUGGAUAACCUUGGAGACGCUGCUUCCCAGUCAAGUGCUACACAACAGACCCUUCAAGAAGCUCAAAAAACAAAAAAGGAAAAAGGUCAAAGUGAUUCUCAUCUCCGUGAAGAUCGUGGUCUCACUUCAGGGCAAACAGAUAUUUCUGCAUCACAGCCUCCUGUGGAAUAUUAUUCAACUCUUAAAUUUGACUUCAACUUUGAGUCACUUUCAAUAGUUCUUUACAGCAAUGACCAUACUCAGCAGUCCCUGCUUUCACUGCAUAGUGACAAUUUACGCCUUGGUGAACUCAGACUACAUCUCAUGGCAUCAUCAGGGAAGAUGUUUUCAGAUGGUUCAAUGGAUGUUAAUAUUAAACUCAAGACGUGUACCCUGGAUGAUCUCAGAGAAGGGAUUCAGAAAGUAACUGCGAGAAUGAUUGACAAGAAAUGUGGCAAGAUAGAUAAUUAUAUGAUUGAUAUAAACUACAAGCAAGAUACAAAUGGGAUUGAAGUAGUUGCUAUCCUUGAUAAGCUUUAUGUGUGCGCCAGUGUGGAGUUCCUGCUAACAGUAGCAGACUUCUUUAUUAAAUCCAUGCCAACAGCUUCAGCUGAAAGAUCUACUCAGGUUCAGUUAAAGCAUGCCCCUGGAAAGCCCAAACAUGAAAAAGAGGGUUCCUUACGGCCAAACAUGACAGUAAAAGCAGUGAUCCUGGACCCAGAAAUUGUAUUUGUUGCCAAUUUGACCAAGGCUGAUGCUCCUGCCUUAAAAGCUUCAUUCCAGUGUGAUUUCUCUUUAUCAUCUGAUAAGCUUGUACAAAGGAUGACAGCUCAAGUGAAGGAUGUAAAAGUGCUGGCCUGUGCUUUCCUCAGAGAAAAGCAGGACGAGAAUAUCACCACUGUAUUACAGCCUUGUUCUUUGGUUGUGGAGAAUAUGACGCAUGUUUCAGGAGUACAAAAUAUGGCAGUGACAAUAGAACAACUUAUUAUAAAGAUUUCACCAAUCAUUUUGAAUACUGUGAUGACUAUAAUGGCUGCCAUAAAACCAAAGGCCAAGGAAGAAGAUUCCAAAGGGACAACAAGUGAUUCAGGAAACUUGUGGGAUGUGAAACCCAUUAACCAGUGCAAUGCUUGGUUCCUUGGUGUUGAUGUAGCGACGGAAGCAACUGAAACUUUCACGGACAGUGAGCAAGCUCUGAAAAAUGAGAAUUUUGGCGUGGAUGUGAAAUCAGUUCAAAUCACCUUGGAAUGUGGUCUGGGACAUCGUACUGUUCCUUUAUUAUUAAUAGAAUCAGCAUUUUCAGGAACACUUAAAAACUGGUCUUCCCUGUUGGGUGCCACUGCUGACUUCCCACUGGAGGUUCAUUAUUACAAUGAAACUUAUGCAGUGUGGGAGCCUCUUAUUGAACGAAUUGAUGGAGGAAGGAAACCAUGGAAUUUAAAACUUGAAAUAAAGUCUAACCCUAUACAAGAUAAAAGUUUGAUACCUGGGGAUGAUUUUGUUGUUCUUCCUGAAGCACAAACUGCAGUUAACAUCUCUUCAAAGGAUACAAUGAACAUAACAAUAUCCAAAUGUUGUCUUGCUGUUUUCAAUAAUUUAGCCAAGGCAUUUUCUGAAGGGACUGCCUCCACUUUUGAUUAUUCUUUAAAAGAUAGGGCUCCUUUUACAGUGAAAAAUGCACUGGGUGUCCCUCUCAAAGUGCAUCCUACCAUCAAUCUUCGAGUGGUUGGUUCAACCUUAAAAGAAGAUAUUCAUGAUGUAGGAAUUGGUCAGAAAUUGGAACUGGAAUAUUCAGUUUUGGAACCUCUGCAUCGAGGAAAGCUGUCCGCAUUAUACCGUCAAGAGAGCUGCCUGUUCGCUUUGAGCUUAGCGCCUCUAGGAUAUUCAGAAGUGGCAAACAUCCCUAUAGCAAAACCAGGCCGACGACUGCACAGCGUGCGAACUCCUCUUGUCGACCACUCGGACUCUGUUCUGGUACAGAUAGAUGCAACAGAAGGAAAUAAAGUUAUUACCAUACGGUCUCCUCUGCAGAUCAAGAAUCAUUUCUCUGUCCCAUUUACAAUCUACAAGUUUGUCAGCGAUGUUAGACUGCUGGAGCCAAUAGGAGUAUCUAAGCCUGAAGAGGAAUUCCAUGUUCCUUUAGAUUCAUACAGGUGUCGUCUAUUUAUUCAACCAACAGGGAUCUUAGAAGGUCAGUUUAAAGAAUCCACAACUUAUAUUGCCUGGAGAGAAGAGCUUCAUAGAAGCAGUGAAGUGAGAUGUAUGUUACAAUGCCCUUCUACCGAAGUAAGCUUCUUGCCUCUAAUAGUCACAACAAUUGCUGUUCCUGAUCAACUAAACUUUAUUGCAACGUCCGGGGAGGACUGGGAUCCAGCCUACAUUAUCCAUCUUUACCCAACGCUCACUUUGAGGAAUCUUCUGCCAUACUCUUUGAGAUAUUUACUUGAGGGAACCGCAGAAGCGCAUGAGUUGCUAGAAGGGAGUGCUGCAGAUGUUCUUCACUCAAGAAUCAGUGGGGAAAUAAUGGAGUUAGUUCUGAUAAAAUAUCAGGGUAAAAACUGGAAUGGACAUUUUAGAGUCCAUGAUGGGCUGCCAGAAUUUUUUCCUGUGUGUUUUACCGCCAAUUCCACAGAUACGAUGACAAUAGAUGUCUAUAUACAUGUUAGGCGAGUUGGUAGCCGUAUGAUCCUGUCUGUGUUCAGUCCUUAUUGGAUAAUCAAUAAGACUUCCCGGGUUCUGCAGUAUCGUGCUGAAGAUAUACAUGUGAAACACCCAGCAGAUUACAGGGACACUAUCCUGUUUUCCUUUAAGAAAAGGAACAUUUUUAGUAAAAACAAGAUCCAAUUAUGUAUUUCAACUAGUUCAUGGUCCACUAGCUUCUCCCUUGAUACUGUAGGAAGUUACGGAUGUGUGAAGUGCCCAGGCAACGACAGGGACUAUCUGGUUGGAGUUAGCAUCAAAAUGAGUAGUUUUAAUCUCACCAGGAUAGUUACCUUAACUCCAUUCUACACCAUAGCAAACAAUUCUUCUCUGGAGCUGGAAGUUGGAGAAAUCAAGUCUAAUGGCUCUCAUAACUGGAAUUAUUUCUCAUCUUCAGAGUGUCUUCCAUUUUGGCCUGAAAAUUUGUCUGGUAAAUUAUGUGUCAGAGUGGUGGGCUGUGAAAGUGCAUCCGCACCAUUCUUCUGUAACACACAGGACAAUGGUACAUUGUUAAGUCUGGAAGAGUUGAAUGGAGGCAUACUGGUAAAUGUGAACAUUUCUGAAAAUUCUACAGUCAUAAACUUCUCAGAUUACCAUGAGGGAGCUGCUCCAGCUCUUAUCAUUAACCAGACUCCAUGGGACACCCUUAAAUAUAAACAGAGUGGGUUACAGGAGGAGAUGGAGUUAAAACCAAAGGAGGUGCGACUGUUUGCCUGGGCAGAUCCCACUGGAAUAAGAAAACUAACUUGGACGUAUGCACAAAAUGUUGGUGAACAUGAUCUACUUAAGGAUGAAUGUGGUCAAUUUCCUUAUAAUUCAAAUACUCAGAUACACUGGGUGUCCUUUCUGGAUGGACGCCAGAGAGUACUGCUUUUUACAGAUGACGUUGCAUUAGUUUCUAAAGCACGGCAAGCAGAGGAGAUGGAGCAACCUGAUCAAGAAAUAAACUUGUCACUUCAUAGUCUUGGACUUUCUCUGGUCAACAAUGAGAAUAAACAAGAAAUCUCUUACAUAGGGAUUACUAGUUCUGGUGUUGUCUGGGAAUUGAAACCAAAGCAGAGAUGGAAGCCAUUUAAUCAAAAGCAGAUAAACCUGUUGGAAAAAGCCUAUCAAAAAUACCUUUCCACAAAUGCCAUGGAGGAUCUGGGCUGGGUUAAAAUAGAUAACAACUUUGAGGUGAAUUUUUGUAAGAUGCCAAUGAAAAUGCGCCUCCCAAUCAAAUGCAGUAUUCGACGAAACUUCCUAUCGGGCAUUCAUAUUGAGUUCAAACAGUCUCCUCACCAAAGAAGCUUACGGGCACAGUUGAAUUGGCUUCAGGUUGAUAACCAGUUACCCGGUCCAAUGUUCCCAGUUGUGUUUCACCCUGUAGCCCCUCCCAAGUCAAUAGCUUUGGAUUCAGAGCCAAAACCAUUCAUAGAUAUCAGCAUCAUCACUAGAUUCAAUGAGUACAGUAAAGUACUGCAGUUCAAAUAUUUCAUGGUUCUUAUCCAGGAGAUGGCAUUGAAAUUGGAUCAGGGGUUUCUAGGAGCACUUAUUGGGCUUUUCACCCCAUCUACUGAUCCAGAAGCUGAAAGGCAAAGGACAAAGUUAAUUCAGCAAGAUAUAGAUGCUCUUAAUGCUGAAUUGAUGGAAUCUUCCUUAACUGAUAUGUCAACCCUCAGUUUCUUUGAGCACUUCCAUAUUUCUCCAAUUAAGUUGCAUUUGAGUCUGUCUUUGGGUUCAGGUGGAGAAGAAUCAGAUAAGGACAAAAAAGAAAUGAUCGCUAUUCAUUCGGUCAACUUGCUAUUGAAAAGUAUUGGGGCUACUCUGACUGAUGUGGAUGAUCUUAUAUUUAAACUUGCUUUCUUUGAAAUUAAGUAUCAGUUUUACAGGAGAGAUGAGCUAAUAAGGAGAGUUAUUACUCAUUAUAGUGAACAAUUCUUGAAGCAGAUGUAUGUUCUCGUACUGGGUUUAGAUGUCCUGGGAAAUCCAUUUGGCUUAAUCAGAGGUUUGUCUGAGGGUGUUGAAGCUUUCUUCUAUGAGCCUUUCCAGGGGGCUGUUCAAGGACCUGAAGAAUUUGCUGAGGGCUUUGUGAUUGGUGUAAAGAGUCUUCUUGGUCACACAGUAGGGGGUGCAGCUGGGGUGGUAUCUCGGAUCACUGGUUCAGUUGGAAAAGGCUUGGCUGCUAUAACUAUGGACAAAGAAUACCAGCAAAAACGGAGAGAGGAGAUGGGCCGUCAGCCGAAGGACUUUGGUGACAGUUUGGCCAAAGGAGGAAAAGGCUUCUUACGGGGUAUUGUUGGUGGUGUGACUGGAAUAAUCACUAAACCUGUAGAAGGGGCUAAAAAGGAAGGUGCAGCUGGAUUCUUCAAAGGAGUUGGAAAAGGGCUUGUAGGUGUUGUGGCCCGCCCGACAGGUGGCAUCAUAGAUAUGGCAAGCAGUACCUUCCAGGGAAUUCAGAGGGUGGCAGAAUCAACUGAAGAGGUAUCUAGUCUCCGUCCUCCACGUCUCAUUCAUGAAGAUGGCAUUAUCCGGCCAUAUGACAGGGGUGAAGCUGAGGGUUAUGAUUUAUUUCAGAACUCUCAUAUCAGAAAGCUGGAAGGAGAAAGUUAUCGAUACCACUGUGUGCUUCCAGAAGGCAAGAAGACAAACCUUGUUGUUACCAAUAGGAGGCUAAUGUGUGUAAAAGAUGUGGAGAUCCUAGGCCAUGUAACAGACUGGGAUUAUUUAUUUGAAGAUUUUACACAUCCUCCUUCUGUCGAAACAAAUGUACUAAAAAUCACUGUGAAGGAUCAGGGGCUGUUAAGGUUCCAAAAAAAGGACCAUGCAGCUCAUGAAUGUCUGAAGAAAAUUCAAUUGAAGGAUGAAACUACUGCAAGGAGAAUUUGUCGUGCUGUUGAUGAAGCCCAAGCAGCAAGACAGCAGCAAAAAUUGGUGAAGAAAGCUUCACUGAAAUUAAUCAAACCACAGUCACCACCUUAAUAAUAACAGGGUUUGCAUUUGGUUUAACUAGUGGUAUGUGAUCUUAUUCCUGAAGAUUUACCAGAAGCAAUUUGUAUACAGUGUACAAGAAAAAAAUGAAAUGCACUGAUGGUCUUCCUGCAGGGUAUAGCUCCUAUAUUAUCUAGACCACCUUUCAUUUUUUAAAGUGAAGCUUUUUGGCAAUUGUUGCAUAACAUCAUCUGAUGGACUCUAACAUUCCCCUUCAGCAUAUAUAUGUAUUUUGACUAUUUUGCAGGAAACAGAUUCAAUACGUUGAAAAUUUCCUUUAGAAAAGAGAAACUUCUACUGAUUUUCCUCUUUCUUUUUUUCUGAUAUUAAGAAAAAUUUCCAACAAUUCUUUUUCACAGACUUGGACUGCUACUUGCAUGAAAUUGUACCUAAUUUGCACUAUAAUGUAAUGGUUUACAAAUGAAUUAGCAAGAAAUAAUAAUUCUGACUUUUGAAAACUAAAAUCCAUAUAUAUCUAAUUGAAGCUUAUUAACAAUAUGUCCUUUAUAUUAGGAAACAUUUCUAAUGUUUAAAAAUGUUAUUGUGGGGUUGGUCUUUCUAUAUUUGAAAGAAAUACAGGGCUAUUUGUAUUCUGUGGUACAAGAAAAUAUUGCACUUUAGAAUAAUGUAAAAAGAAUGUGGGUAUAUAUAAAACACAUCAUUACUUCUCAGUAGAGACAUUCACUUUAGAAAUAAUAGCCAAUUUGCAUAUUAGAAAUAAUAGCCAAUUUGUGUAUUAUUAGAAAUAAAAUUGCUCUUAAAAAUUGACAGCUUAGGUUCUCCUAAAAUUACAAGCCAUUUAAUACCUUAAUAUGUAUUAAUAAUAGGAAGGAUUUAGUGGUAGACUGCACAUUAAUAUUGGUUGUAGUUGAAAACUUAAAUAGUUAGUGGUAAGAUUUCCCUGUGAAGAAAAUGCAACUCAUUUUUAUACAACAGAAUAUGUGCAGUUGGUCAAAAACUUGAACAUUGAUUUGUUGUCCAUAUUUCAGUAUCUAAUUGACAUUUGCCUGAGAUUUGUCCUUUUACUUAAGUUAAAUAAUCAACAGCUGACAGUAGUAUUCUUACUGCGUGUACUAUUGCUUGUCUUGAAUACUACUUCUAGGUCCCAGUUCAACAAGAUACAUAAGCAUAUAACUAAUCUUUAAGUGCAUGAAUAGUCUCAUUGACUUCACUGAGACAACUCACUGCUUAAAGUUAGGCACAUGCUUAAGUACCUUUCUGAAUCAGGCUUCUAAGAGCAACCUGUUUAGUUGAGUCAUGGGUAAACCGAGACCUACCACUGUCAAACGUUUUGGCUUUCAAAUGAGAGAAUAUAUGUCCUAAAACACCACUUGUAAAUUUUUGCAUUUUUUACUUCGUACCUCAACUAGAGAAAAAGACCAGUUAUUGACCUGCCCUUGUUUUUCUUUAUAUGCAAGCUUAAAGAGUGCCAGUAUGAACUCAGUGUUGAAUAGAUUCUUCCUCUGUCAAUAUUUGAACUUUAUUUCCGCUGAAACAAUCAUCAAAGAUAGAGGAGGACCCAAAUUUCAAAUCUGUACCAGAAUGUAAACUUUCCCAGAUUUCAGGGGUAUGGAAUCCUAGUGUUCUGGCCUGGGUCCAUAGCUAAUUAAGUGGUAUACUUUGCCUGUCUUACCAAAGGAGAGAAAUUAAAGAUAAUGAAAAUGUGCUGCCAAAUAUGAAGCAUCUAGGGAAAACUUGCACCUGUGCUUCGUUUACUGUUGCUAUGUACAUUUGUAGUUUUGAUCACACAGUACAGUAGGAAGAAAAAACCUUAAUUCCUUAACUGUGAGGUCUUAGACACAGCUGUUGGCUAGAGAAGUCCUGAAUGUGUAGUUUCAUUCUAAUGUUAAAACAGUACCUUGAAUUGAUAGAAUGAGUUGUUUGGUAUAUUCUGUACAUUUCAACUACUAUGUUUAAAAUACGGACAAAAUAAAAUCUUUAUAUGCAGUUAUU